AUGAGUAGUAGCAUUGAUAAGCUUGCGUCCUAUUUAAGUAAGGACAAGAAAAAUAUAACGCGCUCGGAGUAUGUCGGCGGUGAAGCCGAAUUCGAGUUACUUACACGGAAAGGUGUAUUCCCAUAUGAAUACGUCGAUUGCUUUGAAAAGUUAAAUGAGCGCUGUUUACCUCCUAAAAAUAACUUCUUCAGUUCAUUGCGCGGUGAAGAAAUUAGCGAAGAUGAUUACACUCAUGCUUUAAAUAUAUGGAACUCGUUUUCCAUAGAGACUCUCGGACAAUUUUCAGAUUUGUAUUUGAAAACUGACGUGUUGCUUUUGGCGGAUAUUUUUGAAAAUUUUCGCAAUACAUGUCUACAGACUUAUAAAUUGGACCCUCUUCACUACUUUAGCGCCCCUGGUCUUGCAUUCGACGCGAUGUUGAAAAUUACCGACGUUCAAUUAGAGCUUUUAACUGACAUAGAUCAAGUAAUGUUCAUCGAAAGAGGAAUUCGCGGUGGUAUAACGCAAUGUUCUACGAGAUACGCGAAGGCUAAUAAUAAGUAUAUGAAGGAAGGUUACCGCCCCGAACUUGAAUCGACCUACUUAAUGUAUUUUGAUGUAAAUUCUCUAUAUGGCGCCACAAUGUGCGAAUUUUUGCCGUACGGAGAGUUUUCCUUUGUAGAUGAGGAUUCAUUUGAAACGUUAGAUAUAUUGAACCACCCCGAUAACGCAGAAAUCGGCUACAUUUUAGAUUGUGAUCUAAAUUAUCCCACGAAUAUCCACUCCUUUCAUAAAGAUCUUCCACUUGCGCCCGAACACCGAACUCCCCCCAAUGGUAAAUUUAAGAAAUUACUUCUGACAUUGUAUUCAAAACAGAACUACGUUUUACAUUACAGAAAUUUAAAGCAGUACAUAAAGCACGGAUUACGACUCGAUAAAAUUAAUCGCGUAUUAAGAUUUCGACAAUCGCCUUGGUUAAAAAAGUAUAUCGAUUUAAAUACGCAAAAGCGACAAGAAUCUACGAAUGAAUUCGAUAUCAAUUUUUAUAAACUAAUGGUAAAUUGUGUAUUUGGUAAAUUGAUGGAGAACGUAAGGAAAUAUAAAGAUGUGCAUUUGGUAAACAAGUGGGGCGGUAGGUACGGCGCCGGUGCUUAUAUAUCCAAACCAAACUUUAAAAGCUGUAUGCUUUUCGAUGACAAUGAAGAUCUAGCAAUCAUAGAAAUGAAUCGUUUGGAAGUACUGCUCAACAAACCCAUUUAUGCAGGCUUAACCGUAUUAGAUGUAUCAAAAACUAUUCUUUAUGAUUUUCAUUACAAUUUCGUUUUAAAAGAGUUCAAGGAUCGCGCAAAACUAUUAUAUACCGACACCGAUAGUUUGAUCUACUCAUUUUCAGUUCCAGACAUUUACGAAUCCAUAAGAGAAAACAUCGAUAAGUUUGAUACGUCGAAUUAUAAUCAUAAUAACGUUUUUGGCAUACCCCUGGUUAAUAAAAAAGUCCCCGGGCUGAUGAAGGACGAGAACAAUGGAAAAAUAAUGCUAGAGUUUGUAGGGCUUAGAGCGAAAAUGUACUCUUAUCUCGUGGACGGUAAGGUAUUCAAGAGGUCCAAAGGUUCAACUUAUGCCAGUAUCCGGGAAAUAACUUUGGAGGACUAUAAAAACAGCAUAUUUAACAAUGCGGUAGUAACACGGCCUCAAUAUUUAAUAAAAUCCCGAAAACAUUUAGUAUUCACGAUCAAACAGAAUAAGGUGGUUUUAAGUCCGUAUGAUGAUAAACGACAAAUUAGUUUAGAUUGUAUUAACACCCUCCCUUGGGGCUAUAACUUUUCUACUUAA